UUUUGGUAGCGUGUUGUUUGUUUGAGAACCUCAGGCUAGCGGCGGAUACAAUCAGCCAUAAAGAUAUACGGAGCUGUUUUAAGCAUUUGCUGUUGGAUUUAUUGCCGAGUCAUUGUGUCAUCAUCGGUGAUCGAUGAUCUGCGUGAGUGUGUGUGUGUGUAUGUGCGAGUGUGCAAAACUGAGCGAAAAAUGAGGUUCUUAAGCGUGUCUAGAUUCCAAAAUAAUCAUCAGCCUCAAAGCCAACUACGACAACAAUAGACGUUCCAUUGUUGCCACUACAUUCACGAAUUCGAAUUCCCUUUGAUAAAUAAUCGCUUAAGAAUUAUGGCCCCCAUUGGCAUGCAAAUUGUAAAGCCAACAAUGAGGGACCAUUCUGACACGGAUACUAGGGUUGGGCACCACUCCAGCGGCAUUUGCAUCAAAUAAUAUUUCACAACUUAUUCCACGACUAGGCGGGCGAUAACAAUAAUGGCAUUCCUUUAUCUUUGCAGGACAAUAAAUAGCAGAAUACCUCAUUAAGGAUGGUGGAGGAGAAGUCAUCGCUGACGGACCCCAACAAUGCGGUCGUCUACAAAGCAACAACAAAACCAAAGAAACAAAAGCGAAGAGACAAAAGUGACUUGGGACCGGAUUUUGUGGCCCCCGAUGGUGGCUGGGGAUGGGUGGUGUGUCUGGCAGCGGGUUUCAGCAAUUUCUCAUUAUUCCCACCCCUGCAACAGUAUGGCCUGAUCUACAGACAGCGCAUGGCGUCCUUUAACUUUGAUGCCAAACAAACGACCACAAUUGUGAAUGUGGUUAUGGCCAUAUCCUCGCUGGUGGGUUUGGUAAAUGGAGCAAUGUUCCGUAGAUUUACAUUCAGACAGGUUGCUUUGGCCGGCAGUCUUUUGGGAUUUGUGGGAAUUUUUACAUCGGCCUUUUGCAGAACCUUUGUCCAAUAUUUGAUAAGCUUUUCCUGUAUUUAUGGCAUUGGUUUGGGUCUUUCAAUGGCUGCCAGCUCUCUGGCUGUGAAUACCUACUUCAAAAACAAACGCAGAAAGGCCACUGGAUUUUCAUGGACCAUCACUGGGCUUGGACCCAUCAUAUUCCCUCACAUAUCGACCCUCUUACUGGCCUACUACGGCGCCCAAGGUUCCAUUCUGAUCUACUCGGCAAUCUCGUUGAAUGCUUUCCUGUGCGCCAUAACAUUCCAACCUGUGCUAUGGCAUUCACCCAAACCGGAAGAGGAGAAAUUAAAGGAAGCCAAUGGCAACACUAUUGCAAAUGGAACUAUACCUUCCAAGGAUCCCACAGACCACUUUGAAUGCAAAUACUGCCAAUAUCAAAAGAGAGAAAAGAGAAGCAUUUUCUCGUCGCAAUAUCUCUUCAACGACGAUGAUCCAGAGAAGCCAGGCUAUGAGAUCAUAGAACCAGGCACCCCCAUGAUGGCUCGGGCCAACGACGGCUGGUAUGGGUCAAAGCUGUCCUUGUCAGAGAAGAAAAGUGCCCGCUACAGAUCCAUAAAGGGCCUCAAAUACAUAGACAGUUGUGAGGAGGGCAACGAACAUGCGGAACACCAGGAUAAUUCUCUCUAUAAGCCUAACUAUUUCAAUCGGGAGCGAGAGGAAUUAGACCGUUAUGCCAGCAAAUUGAGCAUCUACUCCAAGGCAGAUGGCUUCCAUUGCACCUGUGCCGAAGAGAAAGCCUUGUUGCAAAAUAAAUCGGAAGCAGCCAAGAAGGAGGAGGAGGCAUUGAAAGAAGCCCAGCUCGAAGAGGAGGAACGCAUUAAGAGCCGCAUGACUAUCUGGCAAAAAAUUGUUACAUUUUUCGAUUUGGAUCUGUUGAAGGACUUUACAUUUGUCAAUUUGGCCGCCGGCAUGACCAUGAUGAUGUUCGGCGAAAUGAAUUUCUCCGUUUUGACGCCGUUCAUCUUGAACAGUUUCGGUUAUUCGGAUACUCAGAUUUCCUUGGCCAUGUCGUUGUUGGGUGGCAUGGACAUUGCAGUGCGGUUCCUGGCACCAUUCGCCUUGGAAAAGGUCAAACUGGACAAUCGGGUUCUGUUUGCUUUCGGCAUCAUCUCCAUAUCCAUAGGACGUCUCAUUGUCACGCUAACGGACUCGUACAAUGUGGUGUUGGUUGUGUUCCUCUUGAUUGGAUUCGGCAAGGGUUUCCGCACCAUAUUCUCGCCGUUGAUUAUACCCAGUUAUGUGCCGCUAAAUCGUCUGCCAGCUGCCUCGGGCAUUCAAUUGAUUUUCAAUUCCAUCUUUUCCUUCGCUUUGGGUCCAUUGCUGGGUCUCAUAACCGAUACGUAUGGCUAUGCCGUCACGAUUCAUUGCAUCAACACCCUGACAUGUUUGGCGCUGUUGUUCUGGUUGCUCGAAUCGACAAUCCGAAGAAGUAUUGGCAAAAAAUCCCCCACCCCUGAAUCUUGAAACCACCGAAUUAAACUUCAUCAAGCUGUUGGUCGGCUUCAAAAACUGUAAAUAGUGAAUUUAGAAUAAACCUAGUUUUUAGCUUAGAAGAGAGAGAGAACGAGAAGCGAAAUCGCUGACCGCUAGCUGCUGGCUGCUGCUUGGCAUUCAAAGGCCUCGAUUACUUAUCCGCAGACAAACGAAAUGAAUUGUAAAGUUUUACAGCUCUAAUUUAUUUGUUUUCAAUUUUUAUAAAGCUUUCUCGCAUAAACUACUUAGGCUCAUAGUUUAUUAUGGAUAUGAAAUUUAAAUUUACUUAGUAAUUUAUUAGAAGAUAAGCGAACAAAAACAAAACAAAAAAAUGGCAUUCAUAAACAAUGGGACACUUUUAGUUCCCUCGAAGUGAUUACAAAAAAAAGACGUAGAUACAUACAAACAAAUGCAUGUGCACAACAGAAAGAAAUAAAGAAAGAAAGAAAACGGAAAU